GGAGUCCCCCCCUUGUCAGCUUCCCACCGCGCCCAGGCGUCUACCGCACUUCGGAGUGGACCAAGGCCACACUUGCGGGUUGUCUCUCUUCCUCCGAGCGGCGGGCUCCCGGGGUCAACGCUUUGCAAACUCCGACCCGCAUCGCUUCCAGGUUCUUAUCAUGUUGUCUGAUCAGAUACAUAAGAGAGCCGGGCCUCCCCCGGUCAUUGCACCCUCGUCUAUUCUGUGGCACGCACUUUAGAGACAUUCAGCCUCAACCUAAUCAUCCUAGGAUCCAAUCCUUGCUUGGAUUUGAGAAGCCACAAGCUAUUACAGGCAUAUCAAACUCUCAGUCUUACCGCCAGAGUACUCGAGCUACAUGCUUCACAACACCGCAGCUAUGACUUCAACUACCAGCACCCUAGUAACACCACGAGAGAAGGCCGGGGAGAAGACAGGAGGAGAGACAGAUCGGGAGAACACCCCUACACCAUCAAUGCUUGACGAAGAGGUAGUAGAGAAGAAGGAGGAGGCCGGCACUGCAACUGAUGAGGAGGCCGGCUCAUCACAACCAACGGAACCCAAAGAGCCCGAAUACCCCACCGGCAUCCGGCUCACCUUCAUCGUCGUCGCUCUCGUUCUCAGCAUCUUCUUGGUUGCUCUCGAUAUGACCAUUGUCGCAACCGCCAUUCCCAAAAUCACAGACGAGUUCCGUGGUCUGGACCAGGUCGCCUGGUAUGGAGCAGCUUUCUUCAUGUGUGUUGCCGCUUUUCAGUCAACAUGGGGUAAGGCAUACAAGUACUUCCCACUCAAGACGUCGUUCCUGCUCUCGAUCUUCAUUUUCGAAGUUGGCAGCCUCAUCUGCGGUGUCGCUCCCAACUCAGUCGCCCUCAUCGUUGGCCGUGCCAUCGCCGGCGUGGGUGCCGCAGGUAUCGGCUCCGGUGCCUACACCAUCAUCGGCUUCUCCGCUCCGCCCGACAAGCGACCCACCUUCACCGGUAUCAUCGGAGCCUCGUACGGCAUUGCCUCGGUCAUCGGGCCUUUGAUCGGCGGAGCCUUCACCGACCACGUUAGCUGGCGCUGGUGCUUCUACAUCAACCUCCCCAUCGGAGGUCUCUCUGCCGCCAUCAUCCUCUUCUACUUCCACACCCCGCCACAGGCCGUUCCCGUGAAGGCGAGCAUGCUCGAGAAGUUCCUCCAGAUGGAUCUCAUUGGCACCGCCCUCAUCAUGGCGGCGACCAUCUCCUUUCUGCUCGCUCUGCAGUGGGGAGGUCACCAGCACCCCUGGAACUCGUCCACCGUCAUCGGUCUGUUUGUCGGCUUUGGCCUUAUGAUUGUCGCUUUCAUUGCCCUUGAGUGGUACCAAGGCGAGCGUGCCAUGAUCGCGCCCCGCCUCAUCAGUGACCGCACUGUCUACAUCUCCUCCGCAUACGCCUUCUUCUUCGCCGGCGCCUACUUCGUUCUGGUCUACUACCUGCCCAUUUACUUCCAGUCCGUCGACAACGCAUCUCCCACGCAAUCCGGGGUCCGCAACUUGCCACUCAUCAUCGCCGUCACCAUUGCCACCGUUGCCUCGGGCAUCUCCAUCUCCGCCACAGGACUUUACACCCCGAUCCUAGUUGUCGGCGCCGCUCUCGCUACCGUCGGCGCCGGCCUACUCUACACCCUCGACAUCGGCACUGGAAGCGAUAAGUGGAUCGGAUACCAGGUGCUCGCCGGUCUCGCAUGGGGUGCUGCCUUCCAGGUCCCCAUCAUUGCCGUCCAGGGCACAGUCAGCGAGAGUGAUCUUGCAUCUGCCACCGCUGUUCUGCUUUUCUUCCAAACCGUCGGUGGAGCCUUCUACGUCGCCGCAGCCCAGUCAGGAUUUCUCAUCACUGUCCUCAAGAAGGUUGCCGAGAACGUUCCCAACGUGGACCCCAACCUCGUCGCUCUCACCGGCGCAACCCAGAUCCGCACCGCCUUCCCCGCCGAUGCCGUCCCGGGCGUCAUUCAGGCCUACAUGGACGGUCUCAAGGUCGCCUUUGCCCUGGCUGUCGCCGGUGCCGGCAUCUCGUUCCUUAUCUCUCUCGGAUCGAGGUGGAGCAAGCUCAACACCAAGAACCUGGCUGGCGCCGCCUAAGUCAUUGUUGUUCCGUCACGAGAAAGAAGUGGGAGAUUUCAUAUUCUCAACCUUUAAGUGUUAUUCGACUACGAUUAGCUUUCCCUUUUGUCAUUCACUAGAUACCAUACUCGACUGUGCAGGAAAGUCUUAUAGAAUCUAAUAAUAGGCAGAUGGGCCAUGGAGUUUUGGUUGCAUUUAGGGGUAGGAGGAGGACUUUUGGUCUACCUACGAGGGUGCUUAUUUCAGGGCCACUCAACUCUUAUGUUUUACGAAGAUAAUGUCAAAUUUCC